GUGAAGGAGAGACUCAAUCCAACCUCUGUGCUUUGUGGAGUCCUAACUGUGGAUGUGAAUAAAUAUGGACACCUCUGAGGAAGUGCACUAUAAUGAACGGGACCUCGCAGCAAAAUCCUUCAAGGCUUUUUUGCUGAAGAGCAGCUCGAAAACUAACCUAAACUUGUAUGACCACUUGGCCCAGUUACUAACCAAGGUGAUGGAUGAAAGUCCAGAGGAUGUUGUAGAGACGUUUGAGGACAUGAGUCAGGAGGUGAAGCGGGCCGGGCUGCAGAACACUCAGAGCACUCUCCGGGACACGACCCCCAUCUCCACAGCAACGGUGCUGGCCGAGCAGCAGAGAGCCCUGUUCUCCCGGAAAGCCGGAGAGGAUCCUGCACAUGAGGAAUAUUUGGUCAAGACUCCUCUUCCGAACGUGCCGGAGCUGGCCUUCUACCUGGAGCAAGCCGGCGUCGGGCUGGGUGAAGAGGAGAUGCACCGCGUCUUCCUGGCCCUCAAGGAGCUGGUGGACACUCAGCCUCUGCAGCGCUGCCGCUUCUGGGGAAAGAUCCUGGGCAGCGAGAGCAACUACUUUGUGGCGGAAGGAGAAUUCCAAGAGGGGGGGGGCGAGGAGGACGAGACCGCCGAGGAGGAGGCAAGGAAGUCUGAGCACAGAGUGGACGAUCUGGAGGCUGUGGCAGAGCAUACAGUAAACCUCCUGCAAAAAUCAGCUGACAAGUCCAUGCCAGUGGUGCCGAUGGAGGACAAAGGCACAGGGGCCAACAAAUACACUUACUUUGUGUGCCGCGAGCCAGGCAUGCCAUGGGUGAGACUGCCCUCCGUCACCCCUGCUCAGAUCAUCGCCGCUCGCCAGAUUUGUAAGUUUUUCACCGGAAGACUGGAUGCCCCAAUAGCGAGCAGCCCUCCGUUCCCCGGCAACGAAGCAAACUACCUGCGGGCCCAAAUUGCCCGCAUCUCAGCCAGCACGCAGGUCAGUCCACUCGGCUUCUACCAGUUUGCAGAGGAAGAAGGCGAGGAGGACGAGGAGACACCCCGCUAUAGUUUAGAGGAGAACCCUGACUUUGAGGGAAUCCCUGUCUCUGAGAUGGCAGAGUCUCUGUCCACCUGGGUACAUCAUGUCCCCCACAUCCUGGAACAGGGCCGUUGUGUUUGGGUGGACUUAGCGGAGAAGCCUGAAGAACUCGUUGAGGAGGAGGAGGGAGACGAGGACAGAGAGGACGAGCCAGAUAAGCCAGAGGCAGAAGUAGGACCACCUCUCCUCACACCAGUGUCUGAAGAUGCAGAGAUUAACAAAACUCCUUCCUGGACCGCCAAGAUGUCCUCCACACUAGUGUCCCAGUUCGCCAUCGCUGUGUUGCGCUCCAACCUCUGGCCAGGGGCCUACUCCUUUGCCUUUAAAAAGAAAUUCGAAAACAUUUACGUCGGCUGGGGCUUGAAGUUCACGGGGGAAGGGUACAACCCUCCUGCGCCCCCACCCACCCAGCAAGCGUACCCCAGUGGGCCAGAGAUCAUGGAGGACCUGGAAGUCGGCUUGAAAGAGAAGCAGGGAGUGAAGAGCACCUUGGAGGAGCGAAGAGCGGUGGAGGAAGAGGAGAGCGAGGAGGCUGAAGGAGAGGAGGAAGAGGAGGAAGAGGACUGAAAGAAAAAAAGGGAACACGGAUAAGAGUACGGUCUGAACAAAAAUAAUCUCUUGCGGAUCAAAUUUAUGGAUCAAUUUAGUGGGAAUUAUUUGUGCCCAAAAUGGUUCUGUAAAUUAUUAUUAUUCCUGAUUAAAAUAAGAUUUCUGGUUGCUGUGGUAUUUGCCCUUUGUGUUACAAUAUCUAUAAAUGGACCUUGAUAUACCUCAGUGUAACUGUGUCUGGAAAUGGUUGUAUGGAUUUAUGGCUGGAUGAACUACAUUAUCCAACCAGUGCACUCCAGCCUCUUGAAGUCAUUGUGCAAACCCUUUAUCAAGUACACCCCAGUAGUGCAGGAGGGACCCACUUUGCUUCCACAGCAGCCCGGAUUCUUCAAGAUAUGUAUUCAACAAAGUGCUUGACAUGUUCCACAGGGGUCCAUAGUUAGUCCAUAUUUAUUCAAAAGUGCUGAAAUUUAGACCUGGCAGGAAUAUGGUGGUUUUCAGUCUUAGAGAGGUAAAACUGUACAUGGCAAUUUGUUAUCCAGGUAGAGAUGUUAAAGAGGCGUGAUGGGAUGUGCAAGAAUACUGUAUAUCUGCGUUGGUUGGAAUAAAAGAAAGAGCUGUGCAUGUUGUCUGCGUGGUGGUGGUAGGAGGAGCCAUGAGAGACUGUGACAGCCAAAUGAAACCAUAUAGAUGGACAAUAGCAAAGGGCCCAACAUGGAGCCCUGUGGAACACCUACUGAGAGAAAGCGGGCCUAAGAGAAAGCCAGACUGAACCGCUGGGUAACAUUUGCCUGAUGGGCAAGAUUAAAACUUUAAUCUUGAUUCAA